AAUUUGAUUUUUUUCGGCAGCGACAAAGGAAAUUAAAAUAAUUUUUGACAUUCGUUUUUUAAUGUAGAUAAAUUUUAUUUACUGAUAGCUUUUAAACGUUGAAAAAGAAAACAAAUCAAAGAAGCCGUAAAAUUAAAAAAAAUAUUUAUAAAACUUAGAGCUCAUCUGGUAAGUUUUCGUUAUUUUGGAUUUCACUUAGGCUGGUCACACCAAUUAGACGUAGGCACCCGACCCACAGAUUGGAUUCCUCACAAAAGAAGGGCAAGAAAGCCGCGAUAUUAUUACCAAUAGGACCAAAACCAGUGGAUUUGAAACCAGUGCUCUGCUAGCAGAAGAUCUCUGAAAAUGCGCCUCCAGCGUGGGUGCCACCGCCGAGUCCUGUAAUCUUCUGUGAGAGAAUUUCUGGCGGAGAAGAGCGGAUCAGAGCGGAGGAAAGCGUAAAGCCAAGUGAAAACAGAAUCGGGGCGGCGGCGUCGACGUCAACGAAUCAAAGAGACCCUGAUACUAGGUACUCCGGUGAACACAUUUCAAGGAGCAUUCCGAAGCAGCGCCUCAGAGGACAAGAUGUGCAGCUUGGACGUAAGACGCUUCUUCGAGGAGUGGCGCAUCUGGAUACGCCCGCUGCUCAUUGUCACCUAUGUCAUCUUCGCUAUCAUUGUGGUGCCGCUGCUCAUUGUGAACUCCGUAAAGGAUGGCUUCCAGCGCAAUGAUCAGCUCAUUCUCAUCGGCGGACUGUUUGUGCUGUCCGCAGUGCCCGUAUCCAUUUGGCAUAUCAUCCAACACGUCAUUCAUUUUACCAAGCCCAUACUGCAGAAACACAUAAUCCGCAUAUUGUGGAUGGUGCCUAUCUACGCCUUAAACGCGUGGAUCGGCCUUUUCUUUCCCAAGCACUCCAUCUACGUGGACUCACUGCGCGAGUGCUACGAGGCGUACGUGAUCUACAACUUCAUGGUGUACCUGCUCAACUACUUGAAUCUCGGCAUGGACCUGGAGGCCACAAUGGAGUACAAGCCGCAGGUGCCGCACUUCUUUCCGCUCUGCUGCAUGCGGCCGUGGGUGAUGGGUCGUGAAUUCAUCCACAACUGCAAGCACGGGAUCCUCCAGUACACGGUGGUGCGCCCUAUCACCACCUUUAUCUCUGUCAUCUGCGAGCUAUGCGGCGUCUACGGCGAGGGCGAGUUCGCGGGCAACGUGGCCUUCCCUUACAUUGUGGUGGUCAACAACAUCUCCCAGUUCGUGGCCAUGUACUGUCUGGUGCUAUUUUACCGUGCAAACAAGGAGGACCUGAAACCAAUGAAGCCUAUUCCUAAAUUUCUGUGCAUCAAAGCUGUCGUGUUCUUCUCAUUUUUCCAAGGAGUGCUACUCAACGUUCUCGUAUAUUAUAACAUUAUUAAGGACAUCUUUGGAUCGGAUGUGGGGGACACCAACCUGGCUUCCCAGCUUCAGAACUUCCUUAUCUGCAUUGAAAUGUUUAUAGCAGCCGUGGCUCACAUCUACAGCUUCCCGCACCACCCUUUCCACAUCAACUCGCCGCAGUACUGGAACAAUCCGAACCAUAGCUGGUGUCGCGCUUUUCUCUCCAUGAUGGACAUAUCCGACAUGCAGGAGGAUGUCACCGAGCAUCUGGGCGUUGUGGGCAGUUCACUGAGUCGUCGCUUCCAAGGACGCAGCACAUACCAGCCGCUGGCACGCAGCCCUCGUCGCUCCAGCAGUGAGUCCGAGUAUCUGAUCAGCAAGCGGCAAGAUCAGCAGCUGCCAGGCAACUCGUCGCAAUCAGGCGUUGCCGACGAUGGGAACAGUAGCAAUAGCAACUACCAACAACAACAACUACACUUGCCGGGAGCGGCGGGCUCUCAGCCGCCGACCCGUCAACGCGAUACACUUCAUCUUCGCGAGCGUGAAAGGGAUCCGGGUUCGGGUGCGGGUGCUGGCGGCGGUGGCAGUUUCCUGCGCCUGCCCCCCGGAGCCGCCUCAGCAGCAGCGCCAAUUCCCGAGUCCAACGACGAUUAUGCCCUACUGUUGGGUGCGGGCGCAGGCAGGUGACACCGCUACCAACAAUAUCACUACCAGCACCAUCAGCACCCGCACAUUGACGACGCUUUCGAGGACGAGGAUGGUGUGGACGUGAGCCAGCAGUUGAAUGCCUCGUCACUCAGCGCCUCGCUAUCCGUUUCGUUUGGCAUGUCAAGCAGCCUCAAGUUUAGUGCCACUGGCAGCAACCAGUCGGCGUCCGAGUGGUCAAACUCAACGGGCGGGGAUAAUGACGCUGAAGACGGUGACUUAGACGUGGACGAAGAGGAUGGAGACGUUGAAGAUGACGGUGCUGGUGUGCAACCCGUGGUCUUUAUUGCCUCCACGACGCGGCGGCGCCGCGAUCGAGAGUACAUCACCUAGACGCGCUGACCUUAAAACCUUCAUCAAUUAUAUGCUAUGCUUAUAUUUAUUGUUUUCCCCAUAUCUUGAUUUGUGCGAGGCAUAGAAUACUCAUGAAACGAACACUUUCUAACGGCCCAUUUAAUGGGGCAUUUGAAUUGUGGCCUUAGUUUUCAUCGCGAAAGCAACUUAUUUUAGAUCGCCAUCACUGUAAUCGCUUUUCCCGAUAGCGCGCACAAGCAAAUCCACACAUCCCUUAGCCCAAAGAAUCAUUAAAUAGGGGUCAGAUAUUUUGUAAGUACUUUUUAUGUGCUGAUUGUGUAAACAAACCUUCCCGAAACGAUAUUUUUACUCAAUACAUCCCUGCUAGGUGGCCCCGCAUAGUUAGGUCUCCAACUUUUGUGUGGCGAAGUAGUUAAUUAAAAAUAUGCCUGAACCGAUUGUGAAUUUUGUGACUGCCGCCGGUCAGAAAAGGGCGUAACUUGUAUUUAAAUAGAAGUUCUUAUUGUAAAACUAAUAUACACAUCAAUAAUAUAAUAUUGGAAAAUUUA